UGCCCCUUCGACAGCCGUCCAUGCUUCGUCCACCUUCGUCGGGCCGGUUCCUCCACCUUUCGUGGCAGCGUCUACUUCGACUGAGCUGUCACGUGAGGGUGUCGAGGUGCCGUUCUCCAGGGACGUUGGAUGUUGCACUCCAUCUCCUCCGCCAAAGGCUUCGGCUGCACCGCCACCACUCUCACGUCGGAGUGGUCGACAUGCGGUGGCAGCUGAUGGGUCUUCGGCGACAGACGAGGACACGCUCAAGAAGGCCAUGCGUCGCAAAGCCAUCCAAAAUCUGGAUGGAGCUGGUUAUAUACCGGUGUACCAACACCCUCCGCUUAUGGUCGUCGCUCCAGCGUGUGGAGCACCGAGACCUAUUUACGGAGGUCUGUUCACGGUUGGAAGCUACGGCGAGGGAUACUUUCUCCCUACAUGGAUGGCAGCAUAAUCUAAGGAUCGAAGCUCCUCCAGUUUAGGCGUCUUUACAUUUUAUCAAUAUGAUAUGUAAUCUCGCCUUUUUUUGUGUCAAGACUAAACAACGGCUGUGUGCAUCUAAGAUAUGCAGAGGCCGGGUGUAAUGGCUUAAAACUCUUAAGUAAUAAAGCGCCCCUUAUCGAAAAAA